CAUCAUGCAUCUCACCUGUAAGCCCAUCAGUCCCAUCAUGCAUCUCACCUGUAAGCCCAUCAGUCCCAUCAUGCCUCUCACCUGCUCAGACUCUGUCAGGCUGCUGGGGGGGACUGGUCUGUGCUCAGGCAGACUGGAGGUGAACUCUGACCCGUCUGACUCAUCUAACCCGUCCUGGUCCUCAGUGUGUGAGGCUGACUUUGACCAGCAGGAUGCUCAGGUGGUCUGCAAGCAGCUCGGCUGUGGGGCUCCUUCAGUCCUCCAGGGGGCGCUCUAUGGAAAAGGGGAGGCUCCAAUGUGGACCAAAGAGUUCCAGUGUGGAGGCCAUGAGUCUGCUCUCCUGGACUGUAGCUCAGCCUCAGAGAGAAACACCUGCUCACCUGGCAGAGCUAUUAGCCUCACCUGCUCAGAGCCUGUCAGGCUGGUGGGAGGAUCCAGUCGCUGUGAAGGAGACCUGGAGCUGAACCGUGAGGGAGAAUGGAGACCAGUGGCUGCUCUUUUUGAGUGGUGGACCCUGAAGGCAGCAGUCGCCUGCAGAGAUCUCGACUGUGGCUCUGCUGUUUCUGUAGAAGAGAGAAAGGAGUCCUCAGAGAGAGAUGCGUGUGGGAUCUAUCCUCUCUGUCUUCAGUCUGGAUCUACUCUGAGGGAGUGUGCAGUAUCAGCUACCUCUACUCACAUCCUGAAUCUCACCUGCUCAGGACUCCAGGCUGAAGGAGCAAUCGAACCACCAGAGUCUGUCAGGCUGGUGGGAGGAUCCAGUCGCUGUGAAGGAAAACUAGAGCUGAACUAUUGGGGAGAAUGGAGACCAGUGCAUUAUCCUAUUGAGCACUGUACCCUGAAGACAGCACACGUUUUCUGCAGAGAUCUCGACUGUGGCUUUGCUGUUUCUCUAGUACGCAGAACAGUGUCCUCAGACAGACAUGUGUGGGGGAUCAGUCCUGACUGUCUUUAUUCUGGAUCUGCUCUGAGGGAGUGUGCAUCAUUAGAUUACUCUUCUGCCUCCCUGGAUCUCACCUGCUCAGACUCUGUCAGGCUGCUGGGGGAGACUGGUCUGUGCUCAGGCAGACUGGAGGUGAACUCUGACCCGUCUGACCCGUCCAACCCGUCCUGGUCCUCAGUGUGUGAGGCUGACUUUGACCAGCAGGAUGCUCAGGUGGUCUGCAAGCAGCUCGGCUGUGGGGCUCCUUCAGUCCUCCAGGGGGCGCUCUAUGGAGAAGGGGAGGCUCCAAUGUGGACCAAAGAGUUCCAGUGUGGAGGCCAUGAGUCUGCUCUCCUGGACUGUAGCUCAGCCUCAGAGAGAAACACCUGCACACCUGGCAGAGCUGUUAGCCUCACCUGCUCAGGUAGAGAGGAGCUGUGAUUGGUUCAUUCUGUUCUGACAGAGAGGGGAAGCCCCGCCCCUUCCUGUGUCCCCAUGGGAACUUAUUUCUGAGGAAACGUACGGCAGCGAGAGACGAACAGUUUAUAGCGUUUGAAUUGUUCCAUGAAUUACACAUCUGAGGUUUGGACGUGUUAAAGAUCCUCUUUCAGUGACGUAGGUCACACUCUGUUUGCUUCAUUCAGGGUGGAGUUAAACAAGAGCUAUUGAGAUUAGGCGCGUUCACACC